AGCGUUGGUUAAUCUUCAGGUAGCAGGACCAGAACUAGAAUUGGAUGUUUUAUUCGGCUUUCUGAUAUGUCGCCAUUUAUGAUUAUUCAACAGGAAAUGGGACAGACCGAUCCGAUGGGUCCUGUGGGUCCAAUCGCCUGGUACGGGACGAAGAACGUGGUUCGUGUUCUCCUUGGCGGAGUACCUGUUCCGUGCACCCCCUGACCCCUUAGACCCCCGGCCGGUUGCCGAUUCUUAUUUCGUAAGAAAUGAUAAAACUUUAUGAAGCUUUAUGAAUGUUGGAAAAUACUUGAAAACGCUUAGAAAUAACACUUAUUUGGAAGUACUUCGGAUCGUGUCUUUAGGGUUGUUAUUGUUGAGUUUAAGGAUUCCCCCCUUGGCUAAGAAAGAAGGAAAUGACACGUUAGAGGUAGUAUCGGCAAACAGAUCUACCUAACAUUACCUACCUAGGUAGGUAGGUAGAAAUGCAUUCCUGUAAACAUGGUUUGAUUUCUUGUUGCCUUUUUUUCUUCCUGCGAUAUCUGCGUUGUUUUAAUUUGCUUCCUGCGUCUGGCUACGUAGGUCUUGUAUCAUAAUGCGAAUGCAUCACCAAAUUCGCAAGCAUAGACGUACCUUGAUACUUCUGGCUGGCGCCCUUGCGAUAUGGUGGAUGUUUUCAGCUUCAUUUUCGGGCUUGUGGGCCUCCGAAUUCACUAGGCUCGAACGGCACAUGAACAGUGAUACAACCUCUCUCCCGAUCGAAUUGAAGCGAAGUAGCUUCGAUUGGAGUACCGUCCCAUUGCAUUAUCCCGCCGAGGAAAUAACUCCUUUGCCGGCGGGAAAGCCCCGUCGUCUUCCUGUUCAGGCUCAAUUCCGUUCCGAGGCGUCUGCCGAUAAACGAGUUCGGGAAGCAAGACGCCUCGAGGUGAAGAAAGUCUUCCUCGAGGAUUGGGCCGCGUAUAAAAAGUACGCGUGGAUGAAGGAUGCCCUAAAGCCGAUCUCUGAGAGUUUCCAGGACCAGUUCAGCGGAUGGGCUGCGACUCUAGUCGACUCGCUCGAUACCCUAUGGAUCUUGGGUUUAAGGGAGGAGUUUGACGAGGCGGUCGAUGCAGUUUCCAAGAUCGACUUUGGUCGGUCAACUUCUUCCAGAGUUAAUACUUUUGAGACGAACAUUCGCUACUUAGGGGGUCUACUUGCAACGUACGACCUUAGCAAGCGGGAUGUCUUACGUGCGAAAGCUGUUGAACUUGGAGACUUGAUUUACGUAGCUUUCAACACGGAAAAUCGGAUGCCUGUGGAUUUCAUCGAUUUUGAAGCUGCCAAGACAGGGAAGCCACUCUCUGUCGAGUUUUCCGUCGUCUCUGCCUCUCCGGGGACGCUGUCCCUUGAGCUAACCAGGCUCUCGCAGCUCACAGGUGACCCCAAAUAUUACGAUGCUGCCGCGAGGGUGAUGGACGUCUUCUACAGAGGUCAAAACCAGACUUUAAUAUCAGGACUGUGGCCCACGUACGUCUCUAUGAGGACCCAGGACGUUGUAACGGGGAACUCGUACACUCUUGCCGGAUCUGCUGAUAGCUUAUACGAGUAUCUUCCCAAGGAGUAUGCUCUCCUGGGAGGCACGGAGCCGAAGUACGAGAUGAUGUCUAAGGGGUUCCUAGAGGCUGCUAAGACAAACCUGCUCUUUAGACCCAUGGUGCCUAAUAACAUGGAGAUGCUUAUCGCUAGUAGUGCCAGUGUAUCCGCAUCGGGCGAGGUAACCUUAGACGAAGAAACUGAGCAUCUUGCUUGCUACCUUGGCGGUAUUUAUGCGCUGAGUGGGAAGCUGUUUGAUAACCCAGGAUACAUUAAUAUUGGCGCAAAGUUGACGCUCGGCUGCGUGUACGGGUAUCGAGCGUUUCCGACGGGGAUGAUGCCCGAACGGCUGAAUAUGGUAGCUUGCAAGUCGUUUGACGACUGCGAGUGGGACAAGAAAAGGUUUGACGAGGAGAAGCAGAAAAGACCCGAGUGGAAGGACCAUCUUCCUCUUGGGUUUACCACUGCCAAGGACCCUCGGUAUAUCCUAAGACCAGAGACGAUAGAGAGCGUGUUCGUCAUGCAUCGCCUCACUGGCAACACAGUUUGGCAAGACAUAGGAUGGGAUAUGUUCACCGCCAUCGCCAACGGAACUAAGACCGAUCGGGGGACUCACGCGGCCGUAAAGGACGUGACCCGCAUGGCGGAUGAAUUGCCGAAAGAGGACUAUAUGGAGAGUUUUUGGUUCGCAGAGACGUUGAAAUACUUUUACCUGCUCUUCUCGACCCCUGAUGUCAUUAAUCUCGACGACUAUGUGCUCAAUACCGAAGCACAUCCUUUCCUCAGGCCAAAAUAAUCACGCCAUGUUCAGUAAUCUGUAAAUAUGUACGUUGUAUAUAGGUACCUACCCAUGUAUAUUUGGUGUUCCAGGCUGUUAUAUUUCAACCCCUUCACACCCGGAGUGUCCGCUGCAGAAGUGGAACUCAUAGCGUCCAGUAACGUAUGAGGAACUGGAGAUUUGUAACAUUCUAGAAAAAUUCAACAUCUACGAUAUCGGAUUUAUGCCGAGAUUACCAUCGUCAUGCUGCGGAGCUGUUUCUUGCCCAGCCCUCAAUAGUCUUCUCAUGGACUGUUCUAAUGGCGAGACUUUAAAGCACUAAGGCAUUGGAAAGAUGGUGAAUA